UGCAGGAUGUUGACCAGGAGGAGAAAGCGGAGAGUUUCUUUCUGGUUUAAAGUGACUCUCCCUGAGGAUGAGCCUCCGGUCUGUGGGCGGAUUUUCUCCCCCUGCUCAGCCUCCUGCGCGCUCAUAUCUGGACUGGGAACGUUAUGGCGCACUACUAACAACUAUAACUGCAGACAGGCUGAAAGAUGCUGCUGCUGCUGCUUCUGCUGCUCAGCUUCGGUCCGAGCUUCCAGAACCAGGCCCAGCUGGAGGAGGACCCGGACCAUGAGACAGCGCCUCGCAGGAUCCCUCGGCAGGUGAAAACCAUUCUGACGAAGGAGAAUAAGCCUUACAUCCAAGAGCUGUCCAUCAAGACCACCAUCAUCUCCCGCUACGCUUUCACCGCCGUGUACUGCUCCAUGCUGAACCGACACGCUGCUGCUGCUGAAGGCACCUUCCAGUUUAGGAUCCCCACUGGGGCUUUUAUCUCCAACUUCACCAUGAUCAUCGGAGGGCGUGUCUACCAGAGUGAAGUCAGGCCAAAGGAGAAGAUGGGCAAACUGGGGAACGGCAAAUCCAAGAGCAGGAAGUUAAGCGACCAGAGCUCAGAGCCGGAGGUAUUCAGGACGGUGGCUAACAUACCGGGCCGGAAUCAGGCUGUUUUCCUGCUGAUGUAUGAAGAGCUUCUACAGCGGCGGCUGGGAAGCUACGAACACAUCACCAGCCUCAGACCUCUGCAGUUGGUAAGCCGCCUCAGCCUGGACGUCACCGUCGUUGACCAUGUACCCAUCGUGGACCUGGAGGUUCUGCCCCUCCAGAAUGGAAAGAGGACAGCCAAACCUGAGGUUCCCAUCACAACUGCAGUAAAGAACGAGAAGAAUGUCUGGAGGAUCACCUUCAGCCCCAGCAUCAUCCAACAGGCCCAGAUCUCCACCAGUGGCAUCAUGGGAGAUUUCGUGAUCUGCUAUGAUGUCCAACGAGAUGCAGGCAUCGGUGACGUCCAGGUUUUAAAUGGACACUUCGUCCACUACUUUGCUCCCAAAGAUCUGCCUGCUGUGCCCAAGAACGUUGUGUUUGUGAUUGACACCAGCGCCUCAAUGAUGGGGAAGAAGAUGAGGCAGACAAAAGACGCUCUGUUCACCAUCCUCAAGGAUCUGAGAUCUGCUGAUCAUUUCAACUUCAUCAGCUUCUCCAAUAAAAUCAAAGUUUGGCAGCCGAAUCAUCUUGUCCCAGUGACCCCCCUAACCAUUAGAGAUGCCAAGAAGUUUAUUUACACCUUGAUACCCAACGGGGGGACAAACAUUGAUGGAGCCAUCCAGGCCGGUUCCUCCCUACUUCGGGGUUACCUCUCAGACCCUGCAACCGCCGGCCCAAACAGCGUCUCCCUCAUCAUCUUCCUCACUGAUGGGCGGCCUACGAUCGGAGAGACAGAGUCCGCCUUCAUCUUGGGAAGCACUCGCUCCGCUGUGGGGGAAAAGUUCUGCAUCUUCACCAUCGGAAUUGGAAACGAUGUGGAUUACAGGCUUCUGGAGCGCAUGUCUCUGGAGAACUGCGGGAUGAUGAGACGCAUCAGUGAGGAAGCCGAUGCCAGCGCUAUGCUCAAAGGGUUCUACAAUGAGAUCGGAACGCCUCUUCUGUCCGACAUCAGGAUCAACUACACUGAGAACUCUGUCAGUUACGUCACUCAGAAUCUUUUCACCAACUACUUCAACGGCUCCGAGAUUGUUGUGGCUGGAAAGCUGGCAGACCACAGUGCAGAAUCCCUUCAUGUUCAGGUUACUGCCACCAACAACGACAGGGUCAUCACGCUGGAGACGGACGUGCCGCUGCGGCGCCUGCAGAUAGAAACGCAGAAACACGUGAAGGCAGCAACUGCUGCAGUGGAAGCUGGAGCCAGGGGCCUCGGGUCAUGGGUCACCCAGAAAUUGGGGACUUCGGUUGCUGAAAACUUCACAGAACGAGUUUUGGGAUUCCUGAGCGUCAAGGACGGCCUCCGAUCGCGGCUCCGCAGCCACACCAGCAGGGACAGGGAGAAGCACACCCAAGAGACCACCAACCUGUCUCUGACCUACCACUUCCUCACUCCGCUCACCAAAAUGGUGGUGGAGCAGCCCCAGGUUCUGGCUGACGGCACCAUGGCAACAGCUGCUGAUGAGGCUGCCGCACCAACCAAUGAGCUGCUGGCUGACACAGAUGAUGAACAGCCACAGAAGCUGGACCAGAAGCUGGCGGGCCAGAUUUCAUCUCUGAGCAACAAAAUAGAAAAAGUUGAAAGGAGACCAGUGAAGAAGUCCAUCACCAUCUCUAAAACAUCGGCUGAUGGUGACCCUCACUUUGUGGUGGAGUUUCCUCUCAAUAACCUAACCGUGUGCUUUAACAUCAAUGGCGAGCCGGGGGAUGUCCUCCGUCUGGUUUCUGACCACAAAUAUUCAGGUGUGACAGUUAACGGUAAGCUAACAGGCGCUCCGGCUCCACCGGGGAGCCACAAGCAGCAGCGGACAUACUUCAGCAGCAUCUUGGUUGUGGUGGACCAUCCGAGACGCGCCUAUAUUGAAGUGACGCCAAAGAAGGUGAUCCUGGACGGCCGGGACCGCUUGGUCCUGCCCUGUCACACCACGGUGGCCGUGGACAGCGGGGCGCUGUCUGUAGCUAUAUCAGCAAGCUCUAAUGUGACGGUGACGGUGGGAGGAAACAUCAGCUUCGUCAUCUUGCUGCAUCAGUAUAAAAACCCCGCCCUCUACCAGAAAGACCACCUGGGGUUCUACAUCGCCAACAGCACGGGGCUUUCACACAACUGCCAUGGUCUGCUAGGUCAGUUCCUGCAUGAGGAAGUGGGAGUGGAGCAGCGUCCAGCCCACCGCGACGACCCCCCCUCUGUGUUUCUGGAGGUCAAGGACCGAUCAGUGCCGGUGGUUCCUAAAAGCAGGAGGAUCAAUGGCGGGAAGCAGAAUGUGGACUGCUGGUUUGCCCGACACAACGCAGAGAAGCUGAUAGACGGACGGUACGAGGACUAUGUGGCUUCCCACAUGUUUGAUACAGAAGCCUGGCCUGUGGGAACCAGAAACACCUGAAAAUUACCUCCCCCAGCAGGGCAUUAAUGAAUAUUUUUUUAUUUUACUUUCUAUUUAGCAGAAUAGAAGUUAAUGGCUGCAAGUCGCUACAGAAUUUUUUACAAUUUCUAAUGAAAUAUGUUUUUUUUAUCUAAUGUUUAUUACUCUACAUGUUAAAAUGAAUAAAGAGUUUAAAUCCA